AUGUUGAAGCAGGCCUCAACCCAGACUUUGACAGGCCUGCCGUUCAAGAUCGAUCUCGCCGAAGAGAACAAGCGUGUCUUGACGGAGAAUACUCAACACCAAUCGACGACCACGAUUCUGCGCAACAUCCUCGACCAGCCUAAGAUACCGUACGACGUGGGCCCUGCCCCUGCAAGGAAAAAGUCUGCGCGACUCCAGAUAUUAGGUCACGUUCGCACUGGCAAUGGCGAGUUCUCUGUGGACUUUGUGAUGUCCCACGGUGAGCAGUCAACGUUCAAAGAAAUCCUGCUAUGCAGGUAUGGACAGAUCAUGUUGGCAGAUUACUGCCAGGUCACUGUGGAGCAACUCCGUUGCGCGCUCAAUGAGAGUGGCCGACUGAGAACUUUUGCAAAACCUACGAAGCGGAAUCUGUCAUUGAAGCUUCAUGGGGGCGAUCUGGUUCUCAAGGGCAUUAUGACGCGAAAACCAAUCGGUGUGAAGAAUCUGUUGUGCAGUGAUGCAGGGGCGCAGCUGCUGGCCGACUCAUACGACGACCUAUUGCGACGCGUGGAAGUGGAGGAGGAACUACUCAUCCAUUCUGACGACGAGCCGCCGCCAUGGGGAAUGGAGGGUAAGGAAGAGGGAGAGGACGCCUGGUGUCGUCCACUUCAUAAGCUGCAGGAAUUGCGAGACGAUCUGCAAUUGGUAAUGGGCACAGCCCAAAUGCAGCAGGGAUUGGAUCGACAGAAACGAUAUCGAGGGUGUCCUUUCGGUUGGAUGGACUUGUUCAAUAGAUAG